AUGAGUACUAUUCAGAGCCUCAAGAACUUCAUCCGCCAUGGCAAGCAGGCCCGCGUUGCCACUCCCCAUGCGGAACCCACCACAAAUGUUUCUGCGAUCCACGCAGAACAGCAAAGAUCACCACAGGGCAAAUAUCCUGCGGCCCGCGGCCUGGAUGCUUUGGAUUCCAAGUUGGGAACUGCAGCUGGCAAAGGUGCAAGGGCCCACGAGUCGGAAAUUGAACAGAUAAUCGCGGAGGAGAGGCGAAGUAGGUCAACGAUGCCAAAAUACCCGGGACUGGAGAGAUGGGAUCUGGUCGAGAAAAUGGGCGAUGGUGCCUUCAGUAAUGUAUAUCGAGCCAGAGAUACGACUGGGAAAUAUGGGGAGGUUGCUAUCAAGGUCGUGCGUAAAUUCGAGAUGAACUCCAAGCAGGGCGAGGCUCAUCUUCAUCCAAACCUCAAAAAGAAGCAAAAACAGAUCGUGGAGCGCGCCAACAUCCUCAAAGAAGUUCAAAUAAUGCGCCAAAUGGACCAUCCCAAUAUCGUCAAGUUGAUUGAGUUCUCCGAGUCGAGGCAGUUUUACUAUAUUGUCCUUGAACUUUGCCCCGGUGGUGAACUGUUUCACCAAAUCGUUCGGUUGACAUACUUUAGCGAAGACCUCAGUCGCCAUGUUAUCAUACAGGUCGCGAAGGCAAUCGAGUAUCUGCAUGAACACCGUGGUGUUGUUCACCGUGACAUCAAACCUGAAAAUCUCCUUUUCUACCCUAUCCCUUUCGUUCCUACUAAAAAUCCAAAACAGCGUGCUCCUGGUGACGAAGAAAAAGCCGAUGAAGGCGAGUUCAUUCCCAAUGUUGGAGGGGGUGGUAUUGGUGUGAUCAAAGUGGCCGACUUCGGUCUCUCCAAGGUAAUAUGGGAUAAUGAAACUAUGACGCCAUGUGGUACAGUUGGCUACACCGCCCCUGAAAUCGUCAAGGACGAACGAUAUUCCAAAAGCGUUGACAUGUGGGCUCUAGGCUGCGUCCUCUACACACUAUUAUGCGGCUUCCCGCCUUUCUAUGACGAGAGUAUCCAAGUCCUGACUCAGAAAGUCGCUCGGGGUCAAUAUACAUUCCUCUCCCCUUGGUGGGACGACAUCUCCAAACCUGCUCAAGACCUGGUGUCCCACUUGCUAACCGUCGACCCGGAAAAACGCUUCACCAUCAAGGAGUUCCUGCAACACCCGUGGAUCAAACAGACCAACGAAGAAACCCACGCUGCGGCCGAUGCACCACCGCUCGCAACCGCAGCCGCACUCCCCUCGCAAUUCCUAGAAACUCCUAUCGCAGCCAUGGAUCGCAAAAUGGACUUCCGAUCUCCGGGUGCCAUUAAUCUCCGCGAAGUCUUUGACGUUGGCUACGCUGUCCAUCGCCAAGAAGAAGAGGGCAAACGACGCAAGAAUUUAAAACAUGGCUUCCGUGCUGGCUUGCGUAGCGCACUCAACCCACUCAAUGAAGACUAUGACGAUAACGUUAAUAGCGAUGAUGACGACGUUCUCGAGGGAAUAAUCCAUAACGAUCAAGACAAAAAUGUUGCGAAUCCGGCAAAGGUGGUGCCGCGGACGGGACACAACCCGGCAGAAGUAGCCGCCAUGGGGGCGAAGUUACAAUCCACGAAUCUGAAUACAACUACUACUACGCAGCCUAGUGCGGCAGCGCAGGCGAGGCUGAGAGAGAAACAACAGCAGCAGCAGAGAAAAACGCAGCGACAACACGGGGGUGGUGGUUAUGGUACGCAUAGUGCCGCUGUUGCGGCUGCAGCGAGGGAGAGUGCAGCGCGAUCGGCAAUGCAACCAUUUGAGCUUAGUUUAGACAAUGCGACGUUGUUGGGGAGGAGGGGCAGGCGGCUGCAAGGGCAGGAGGUUGUUUGA